AUGCAAACACGCCUUCUUUGUUUGGCCGCCCUGCUGCUCCCACAGUAUGGGCUGGCAGUCGACGACCAAGUAGGAGCAAAGAUCGACUAUGGCACAUUCGAGAAUCCCGCCGCUAGAGUUCGCCCACGUUUUCGUUACUGGCUCCCAGAUGCCAGUGUAGAUCCGACUAUUGUUCAAAAGAAUAUCAAGGAUGCCGGUGCCAAUGGUGCUGGAGGUGUGGAAUUUCUUCCCUACUAUGACUAUGGCAAUGUUGUUCCAGGAGCAGAUUGGGUAACUUAUGGAUUUGGUACACCCGCGUUUGUUGAUAUCUUCAAAGCCGCCCUACAGGCUCAUAAAGAUGCGGGUCUGGUGAUGGACUUCCCUUUGGGACCGAAUCAGGGACAAGGCGUACCAGCGAGUCCCGGUGAUGAAGGACUACAGUGGGACUUGCCUCGGUUGCCGUCCCUCUGA